GUCGUGCCUUUAAGUAGAGGUUGCGACUUAUUCCAACUGCAAACACGCACCACGGCCACUCGCCUAAUAUGAAUUGAUAGCUGGUGCAGGAGUCGUGAGGAAUCAAUCUCGUUUUCAUCAACACAUAUUACAGGUCCCCUUGAUUAAUCUAUGAAUGUUGAUCCCCAGAAGAACAAGCCAGGUUUUCACGUUGGAUAUUAGCAGCGACUCGAAGAUCAUCUUUUUUUCCUGACGUCGAGUUGGAAAAAAUCGGAGUUGUUACGACCCUUUUAUUUUUCGCUGAAAGUCAAAUGCCUAGCCCUGGCGUAAGCGUAACCGUAAGUGUUGUAUUGAUAGAAGUGGAAGUCAGUGCUGCAAAAAUGAUUCUGGUUUUGGAUGACAAGUAAGUUCGAUCCUCAUGUCGGUGUCGGUCGUACACUAGAAGAUCAUCAAUAUUGCGGGUCGCCAUGACUAGUGAGCAGGAAGAUACAACAGCGGAUUUUGCUUUCUUCGCCGGUGUUCGCCAGCGCCAGACCGCAAUCGCAAGCUCUGUCCGCGAUUCCUCUUCGUCCACGCAGGCCGCCCAGCAGGGGCUGCUUGGUGCUCCCGCGAGGAGAGAACGGAAAAGUGCGAAGAUGGCAGACAUGGCACCGGACGAGAGUCCUCACCAGGAUUUUCAGGCGCCUGCAGCACCGGAUGAAGGUGGCGAAGCUGUUGACCGGCCGACAACUUACCUUAGUACCGAUACAAGGAGCAACCAGCACCAGACAGUUGCACAGAACACAAUCAAGUCCAGCUCCAGCGGGAGACGAGGUACGGCCGCACGCCGAGGUGAACAAGAAGAAUACCGGCAUCAUUACAACGGCAUGUUAGACAACAUUACGGACCAAAUCCUGGUCGAGGACACUGGGUCGUCUUCGUCCUCCUCGAGCUCCUCAUCGUCACGUACCUUUGUCCGCACCGGCGUCGUAGACGCGCUUAAAGAUAGAGAUUUGCCCGCGCAAAAACGAGAUGUUGAAAAACAAAAACAUGAUGGUGGUGCCGACAAUAAUGCAGACGACAAAGAGAAAACAGACAAUCAUAAGCGUAGCGGCCCCCCGCCCCGCCGCGAGGAGGACCAAGGAGCAGACCCGUCGCAUGCGCCUGACCUGAUGAGGCUGUUUUGCCUCCUCUCGAACCUACUCUGCGAUAACGCAUUCGUGCGACAGUUGGAUCGUGUGUGCGCGCAGCUUUUGCCGGAACGGAGUAAGGAAUUCCUGGCUGACGUGGUAAAGAUGCUCCUGUUGCUCCUGUGCGGGUUUUUUAGGGAUUUGGUUUUUCCCAGUCUCGUCAUCCUGUGGAAAGACGGCGCGCCGCGUGUCCUGACAAAAGCGUAUCCGGUGUACGUUCGGUAUUUGCGCGAACCGUCACUGGUCGUCAGCGGAACAUGGAGUGCUGUCUGUGUUGCUGUUUUGCUGUGCCUCGAGCUGCAGAACCAAAGUUUCCCUCUGGUGGGCUUAUUUUCCGGCCCUUUGGCUGGUGGAGGUGGUGGCACCACGGGCGCAGGAGCUGCCUUGACCGCGACAUCAAGGUCGUUCACUUCAUCCGUCGCGCUGCGCGGCGUGGUGCAGUUUUGGCUACGAUGGAUAGUGGUUGCGUUGCUCGCCCUCGGAGUGUACAAUUUUGCGCAGAGGCUUCGGGAGCUAGGCAAGCCCGUAGCCGCGAAUCGGGACGACGUCGUCGAGAAUAGAGGGACAAGAACGAAUGGCACGACCGACGUUCUUGUUGUGGCAGAAGGGCUACAAGCAGAGCGAGAUGAAAUAACUGUAAGGGAAGUAGACGAAAAAGAUUUGGCCAACGACGAGCUGCGCGCUGCAGCGAUCCACCACCACGAGUUACAGGGGCGGGAAACUACCGAAACGGAUACAACGGCCGCCAGGUCGCGAGCAGACGAAAUGAACGGCGCGCGAGCCAGCGCAGCUUUGCGCGAGCGAGCAUUGACUUGUUCCAGGACUACACCAGAGAACUACGAGGUAAUAUUGCCAACUCCGACCGGUCGCCAAACAACGACAAGGGACGAAGGUCAGAUAGUAUUAAGAACUGCGGAAGUAGAAGACCUUGUUUGUGCAGAAGUUCUUGCUCCUGCAUCAGUGGACGAGCUGGUCGUCGAGCUGGCGGAAGUUCAUCGGGGAACGAGCAGGUCUACUUCGGUGGAAGUAGUAGAGCCAGAACUUCCACAUCUACCCAAAAAGACAACCCCCGCAGAACUGGUUGCACGCCUGGUGCUCAUUCUGGUCACUUUCUACUUUGUUCUGUACUUUCCUUUUUACAUCUCCUCACGCGGCAUGUCUUACCUCCAGGACACCUUCCGCCACCUGCACGACACCAAACUCCGGGGGUAUUGUCACACGACGUUUUUCCCCUCCGCAUUAUACGUAGAAGAGGAAGUGUUUGCGCGGGGGCAAACGGAAGGCGACAUUGACGACGUGUUCACUGACGGUGGAUUGAUGUGGUCAUGGAGGUCGCCGUCUCCGUCCUCCUCGGCAACAGCAGCGCAUCUAGCGAGCCGAGCGAGCGCAGGGACGACCUCAUCGAAACAGGUGCACCAGCUCCAGACCAAUGCUUCUAAAGCCUCUCGUCCUUCGUUCGUGCUUUUACCUAGCGCCGAAAAUUUGCGGGCUGUACUCUGGAGCGGAUGGACGCUGGGGCGCGCCUUGUUGGUGGUGCUUGUUACCUUUCUGCUCACCUACGUCUGGAUCGAGUACGCGCCGGAGUCCGGGUAUGGAAGCGUCAGGAUUGAAAUCGUCAAAGUUGAAAUAAUUUGCGAUGCAUAAAAUGCAACCCACAAAGUGCCUGUCUUGCAGAGUCGGCAAGGGAGGCAGAUUGCAAGCCUGUUGAGGGGCAGAAAUAGAGCUGCCAAAGUAGCAUGACAAAACGCGUCUUUCUUACCCAAACAGCAUUACAAACUGGAUUUAGGCACCGCCAAAACUUGUCAUGCGCCACUUGAAAACUGGGCUCCAACUGGCAUCCAUUUUAUGCAUGACAAACUAUUUCAACUCUGACGAUUUCAAACCUGACACAUCCAUACCGGGCGCGCCAUCCAGGUACGGAACCUGCAACACCUUGUGGAGCGCAUAUCAAAUGUAAAAAUGUCUGGGUCUGGGAGGGUUGGAACUUGUGAUGCAAACUCUGAAACACACAAAAACUUGUGUUGCAUGAGCGCCAAAAGCUGUCCAUUUCUUGGCACGCAAGUAGGAAGUUUCUCAUGCGGGACACGCAUCAUGAGGCGUGCGCAAAACCUGUGAUGCUUUUGCCUACAUCAGACGCCAUUUGCGUGAUCCGAAAUAUGCAUGACAAAUCUCGCAAUCUUCCAGACCCAGACAUUUUUACAUUUGAUAGCGCAUGCAGAACUACCAUCCCGAGUCCGGACCGCCCCUGGAAACGCUUUGCUGCGCGUGUCUGGACCAGAAAAAAAGCGUGUUGCUGCUCCCCUGCAACCACAUUUCGCUCUGCAAGGACUGUUUCUUCCAGCUGCGCGCUCCCAGGUGUCCACUUUGCAACCAGCGUUGCCACAAGUACGUGGAGCCCUGCUACAUCUAG